UAUUAUGGAGGCACUUAUGUGAUAGAUGAGAUUGAAACACUGGCCAAAACUCGGCUUCUUGAACUAUACGGCCUAAAAAAUCCAGAUGACACUUUAUCUGAAGCAGAGUGGGGAGUGAACGUACAGCCCUACAGUGGAUCGCCCGCUAAUUUUGCCACAUAUACUGGGCUUUUGCAACCACACGACAGGAUAAUGGGACUAGAUCUUCCAGAUGGGGGCCAUCUAACUCAUGGUUUUUCUACUCCGACCAAGCGCAUCAGCGCAACUUCGAUUUUUUUUGAAUCAAUGCCUUAUAAACUUGACCCCAAAACUGAAUUGAUCGAUUAUAAUUCGCUGGCAAAGACUGCAGCACUUUUCCGCCCAAAACUAGUGAUCGCUGGAGUCAGUGCUUACCCACGUCUUCUUGAAUACAAACGUUUUCGCGAGAUUUGUGAUUCCGUUGGUGCAUACCUUCUGGCUGAUAUGGCGCAUAUCUCCGGUCUCGUUGCUGGCCAGACUAUACCUUCUCCUUUCGUGUAUGCUGACGUCGUCACAUCGACUACGCAUAAGACACUUCGUGGGCCCCGCGCAGGUCUGAUUUUCUAUCGCCGGCGCCCGCGUUCUUCUAAUUCUGAGUCAGCAACCGCCUUACCCUCUUCAGUCUUUGUACAAAUGGAAUCACGAAUCGAUGCGGCCAUAUUUCCAGGACUUCAAGGCGGACCGCACGAAAACGCUAUUGCUGGAAUAGCCACCAUGGCUCUUCAAGUGAGUCAAUUUCGUAUAGUUAUAUUUAAUCUAAUUUACUACCCAAAACGUAUGUAUUUAUCGUUGUUAGGAUGUCAUACAAAAAGCUGUUAA